AACGUCCGCGGGCCAUUCUUGGUGUGUCAGGCAGCGUUACCGCACCUCCCACCUAAGUCGGAGGGUGGCGGCGGUAGGAUUAUUAAUAUCACUUCUGCUGUAUCGACAGACCCUGAGGUUCAACAAUUGGCAUAUGCCACCAGCAAGGGUGCGAUUGCGACUCUUACCCGUUGUCUGGCAAAAGAGUUGCCACCUACCUACGGAUGUACGGUGAACGCAGUGUCUCCUGGUAUCAUCAAAUCGCCACAGUUCCUUGGAGAAUUGCAGAGAACUGGCGGCGCCUUUCUGACGCAGAUAUUCGAUGCCAGGACCCCUGUGGAUGGAUGGAUUGGGUUGCCUGAAGAUGUCGCUUUUGCAGUUGCGUUUUUGGCGGAGGAAAGAGCAAGCUGGAUCAAUGGUGCUAGUUUGAAUGUCUCUGGAGGAAUGUUUCUUGAUUGA